CCCACCAAUGGUUGGAGACAGUCGUCGACUUGCUCUCCGAGUCAGCGUUCCAGAUGCCGACGUCACCAAAGCCCUCGUCUUCGACGCCCUCAUGACGGUUGGCCAGGCCUGCGACCAGAUUCGCCACCAAAUCCGUGAAAUCGACGGCCUUGAAAACCCCAAAGAAUACGGCCUCUUCCUCCCACACGAAGACAACAAAAAAGGCCUUUGGUUGGACAAUUCGCGUAGUCUGGAACACUACAUCCUGCGCAAUGGGGACACAAUAGAAUACAAAUAUCGCUUUCGAUGGCUCUACAUCCGCACGAUGGACGGAACUCGCAAGACACUGCGAGUGGAUGAUAGCAAGACCGUUGCAGAACUCAUGCUUCCUAUCUGCACCAAAAUGGGCAUCUACAACUACGAGGAGUACCUCUUGGUCCGUGAUACGGAGGAAGCUGAGAAGGAACGCACGAUGACCAUGCGUCGAGCUCAUCAGGCCGGCGGUCUUGUUGGAACCCUUCGUGACGCCGACAAGAUGGAGAAGCUGCGAAAGGAGCUUCACACUGAUGAUGAAGUCGUCUGGCUGAAUCCAGCUCAGAGUCUUCGGCAGCAGGGCAUUGACGAGAAGGAAAUCCUACUGCUUCGACGACGCUACUUCUUCUCCGACAUGAACGUUGACGCCAGGGACCCAGUGCAGCUGAACUUGCUCUACGUCCAGCUCAAAGAUGCCAUUCUUAACGGCACUCACCCCGUCACCCUAGAAGAAGCUGUCACACUCGCUGCGCUUCAAUGUCAAGUCGAGUUAGGCAACUACAGUCCAGCGAAAUUUCGACCUGGCUACAUCGACCUCAAGGAUUUCCUACCGAAGGAGUUUCUUAAAACAAAAAAUGUGGAGAAGAAGAUCUCCCAGCACCACGCAACACUCAACGGCCUGUCUGACAUCGAUGCAAGGGUGAAGUACUGUCAUUUUUGCCGGUCACUCAAGACCUACGGCAUUACCUUCUUCCUGGUUAAAGAAAAGAUGAAGGGCAAAAAUCGGCUUGUUCCACGCCUCCUCGGUAUCACCAAGGACAGCGUCGUGCGAUUGGAUGAACGCACCAAGGAGGUCGUGAAGGUCUGGCCGCUAACCUCCAUUCUCAAGUGGGCUGCUUCUCCAAACGCCUUCACUAUGGACUUCGGUGAGUAUUCACCAGACGAGUACUACACCGCUCAGACGUCGGAGGGCGAGCAGAUCUCCCAGCUCAUUGCCGGCUACAUCGACAUCAUCUUGAAGAAGCAGAAAGCCCGCGAUCACCAGGGCAUCCAGGGUGACGAGGAGUCGGCGAUGUACGAGGAGAAUGUCCGCGCUGAACGAUGUGGUGGCAAUAACUUUUUUCCUCUUUAUAGCGCCAAACUCGUUCAAAAUGAGCGGCGGUCAGUUGGUCCGGCCGACAGGGGACGCAAUUCGAUGCGAGUUGAGGAGACGAUCGAAAAACAACGCCGGCAGCAACAGCAGCAGGCGGUGAACCUUGUGAAUGGAAACGGCGUUCCCACACAGGUCGACGACGGUGGAAAUGUGAAUGGCUACAUCGGCACCUCGGAACGACGCUACAUUGCGGUGGAAUCGGCGGCGGCGACGUUGUCUAGCGAGCCCGGUCGGUCUCGGCCCCUCGACACCACAGACGACUUCAUGACGGGCGGGGUGGGUGUUUGUUGCAGCGGUCACGUCCCUAUUGGUCACCUCAAGGUCGUUUGUUUACGUCUCUCUUCAUUGGUUAAUCCAAGGUCAUUGGAUACGCAGUAUUACCAAUGCAGGACGAUGACACCAGCUCAACGCGCCCUUCACUUGACAAUCGAGGAGAAUAUGACCACUCUGGAGGAGGGCAAACAGCGUCUAGACAUCGGUCCACCUGUGGAGCGCGUGUUGACGAACCUCGGACGCGACGAGGCGUCGCGCCGUUGGCUAGACGAGUCGAUGGGCGCCACUCAAGUGAAGGUGGCUGACGAGAUGGGCGCGAUGAACGCCGCGGUGGCGCAGGCCGUGCGUUCCGCGAAUCGCGCCGACGCCGCCUUCAGUGUUGAAGCCGCCGAUCCCGGCGACGAUUUGAUGAUGAUGCAGCAGUCCUUCCGCGUGGUCACCGUCCACUUCCCGGCGUUCGUGGACAACGUUAAAAGGGUCGCCGUGUUGCGACGCGAGUCGGGCAUGCUGCGUGCUGAAGGCGAGCCAGAUGAGGAAAUGCGACAUGUCAUCACUGACCAAUCAGAGACGAACACGCAAAACCUGUUGGGCGCGGCUCGCACUGUCGCCGACAGCUUCACUGAACUCCUCAAGGCUGCCACUCCACUGACAACUCGGCAGACUGAAUACGACCUGGACACCGUCAACUACGUCACCGAGCACGGUCCUCAAGUUAGUGGGGGCGCGUCAUCGCGCAAGGCCAUCCUGGAAGCCGCGAACCGCGUUGGCGAGGCCAGCAAUGACUUCCUGCGCUACGUCAUGCAAGACGACGAAGCCCUGACGGUAGAGGUCGGCGUCGAAGAUGGAAUCGGCCUCGAUUUGGCCAAAGAAGAACGCCUGUAUCAGGAUGAGCUCUUGGGUUUAGCGAAGGAGGUUGCCAACGCCACCGCCGUUCUGGUUGUCAGGGCGAAGCACCUUGCAACUCAGACCAACCUGGAUCCAGAUCACCAGCAGCGCGUCAUCGUGUCUGCGACUCAGACUGGUCUGUGCACGAGUCAGCUGGUGGCUUGCACAAAGGUGGGUUUAUCGACUCUUCGCUGCUUCACCAGCCAAUCAGAGGUGUUGGCUCCGACUAUUCAGCAGGCUAGUUGCCAGCAGCAACUGUCGGAGUCAGCACGUGAGGUGUCUGUGGCGGUGGACGGUGUUGUUCGGACGGCCCGAAAUGCUGGCCAAUCCGCACACGAUUCGCCAACGCUGUCCGAUGCCGAGGUCCACGACAUCAACGCUGCCGUCGUGGAGGUGGAAGACGCCGCGACUGACGUACGCACCACUCUAGAUCGACUCAACGCGCACCUUCAACGAGGGUCCGUCAAGCCUUACCAAGGCGAUACACUGGACUUGUUCCAGCAAGCGUAUGACGAUCUGCAACACGAAACCGACGGUCUAAGGAUGGUGGCUGCAGCGAGACGUCUCUCUCAGGUCACUGCUCAGAUGAUCGCCGAUUUAAAGACCCACGCGGAGAAUGUUGAGGGCGAUCCUGAUCGCCAGACUCGCUUGUUUGCCGCUGCUAAGCAAUUGGCUGAUGUCACCACUGAUCUUAUCAACCAGGCCAAGAUUUGUUCGACAAAUCCGGAUUCAAAGUCAAGUCAAGACGACUUGAAGCGUCUAUCUGACGAGUUGGCUGUUGUGGCCUAUGCGUCAGCAGCUGAGUUGUUGAAUGCUCGCGUCAUUAGAAGCCUCCACGCCGCCGCGAGAGCCGUGGUUAGUGCGUCCAACAGCCUCGUCACAACCAGUCGCUGUGCUGCCAAGAAAUCCCGAGCUAACAAUUACCAUAUGGUAGCUGACGAAAGGUCGGUGAGUGAUUCACUGCCGAAGUUGGUCAGUGCAAUCCGCCUUAUUCGCCGCAAUCCUGACGAUCCAUUGGCUCAGUUGGAAUUAAUCUACACCUGCGAGCAUAUUAUUCAGCCGUGCACCCAAUUGGCACGUUCCUGUCGUUCGAUGGCGCCAACUGUGAGUGACCCGUCGCUGCAAAACGCUCUCGACAACUCCACCUCCCAGAUGGUCGUUGCCGUGGAAACGUUGAAGGCGUGUUUGGCUCGUGCGUCGCCGAUAGCCAGACAACUCCAGAUGGACGGUGCUCUGGCGCGUCUCCUUCGAAUCGUUCGAGAAGCCGAGGAGAUGGAAGCUCUCGCUAAGUCUGGCACUCUAAUGUCCCUUCCAGACGAUCGGGUAGAAGACCGGUUCCAGAUGCUGAGACUGAGUGUACGCGAUGGCCAAGACGCCUGCGGUGAGGUAAAGUCGGCAGUGGAGUCCCUCACCACCGUCUAUGCCGCGCCACAGUCGCCAAAUCGCGACCAAGAGGAGGAGUGGCUUGGUGCGUCAGCGAACCGUCUCGCCACAGCUCUCUCCGAUCUCCUGCGCGCUACUCGGUGUUGCCUAGUUGCGGAUCCUGGCCGAUUCUCGAGCGAAACGCCAGCCGACGUCAACGCAGCGGUUGCUGCCCGGAUCGCGGCGCAGGUGGCGUACCAACUUGUCUGCGAGUCGCGCAAACUCGACGUCGUGUCUCCGGUCGCCUCUCCAGACCGACAGUCAGAGGUGUUGCAGAGUAAUCGGACGGUUGCCGGCAACUGCAGCGUCCUCGGCAAUGACCUCCACCAAGCCCUCAACGAUUGUCUGUUGAAGGCGCUGCCUGGACAAAAGGAGCUCACUGAGGCUUCGGACCUGGUGAAACGACGGCGGAAGGAGCUGGUGCGGUUCGCAGAGAACCCCACAGUCAUCGAGUACCCGGUUGAGGAGUCCCGCUACGAGCGGACCCAGUCGGAGUUCACCGGAGCGGCCGUCGAGUUCAACCAGGCGACUGCGGACCUGACGAGCUGCUACACGCCUGGCAACUUCCAGCGCACAUCCGUGCGCUUCGUAGGCGCCUACGACGCUCUCGUCGACAAGGGUCUGCAGUUAUCGCGCAGCCGGCCUCUCAACGACCCGACCGGACGUCAGCUGAUCCAUGGACUGGUGGAGGUGUCGGACAAGAGCAGCGCGAUGCUCGACGACGCGCGACAAGUCUGCAGCCAGCCGGAAUCCGAAGGUCUACGCCAACGCCUCCACGUGGCUGCGAGGUCGGUUACAGACGGUAUCAGUAAUUUAUUAAGUCUCUCGACGUCAGACGUGGCUCCAGGUGUGGCAGAAUGCGACGCCGCUAUUCGCCGACUCGAGACGAUGCGUCGUCUGCUGGACUACCCCGACCGCCCGCUCAGCCAGCAUCUGUACCACACGUGCGUCGAGUCAGUUGCCCAGGCUCUUGCGGGAGCAUUUUAUCGCUCUAAUUUCACAUUACAGCCACUGUCGGACAGCAUUCGUGGCACCCUGAACGGCGUCCGAUCGCUCAACACUGACGUGUUGACCUCGAACAUUCGACAAAUGGCUGAUUGUUUGUGUCAAAUCACCGAGGAAACGGCACAGGCGGCAUAUUUGAUCGGCGCUGCUCACCCCACGUCCGAGCCUGGAAGAAGUGGUUUCCUGGACGUUGCUCUAUUUGAACGACUUCAGCUGGACAUCCAGAAUUUGGGUCGUGCAAUGACUAGUCCCCAAGUUACUGAACGUGAGGUUGUCAAUCUUGCGAAUGAGAUGUCCGCUCACCUGCGGACGCUUCGGCAGGCGUAUGACUCGAUUAUUGCCGAAACAACCGAUCAGGAGGCGAAGCGCAAAUUGCAGGCCAUGUCGGACGACACAAUACGGAGCAUGAGUGACCUCAUCCAGCGCAGCGCUGAUUGGUCAGACGAAGGUCGCCGUGCCACCGCCAAUUACGUGCACACCGUCAACACGCAGGUCUCGCAGUUGGUUCGUUUCAUCACCUCUGGAACGCAGUUUGUGCGACAACCGGCUAAAAUCAGCAGUGAAGCCCACGAAACUCAGCGUCCAAUCUGUGCGUCCGGCCACGCUUGCUUGGAGAGCGGCCGAGGCGUGAUUCUGGCGUCCAAGCACAUGCUUCAAACCGCAGAUGCAAAGGCCGAUGCCUCGGAUUCGGCGUUCGUAGCCUUCACUGCGGCAAGUCGUGAUCUUACUGACAACACCAAGCGCCUGCUCAACGUCCUCAAGCAAGUUCAAUUAGUCAUUGCUACUACAUUAUAUUCACAGGCCCCGGGUCAAUCAGAAUGCCAACGCGCCCUUCUGAAUAUUCGUCGACUGCUGCACGACUUGGAGCAGAACAAGAUGGCGAUGAUGGACAGUAGCACCUACCCACGACACGACAGCACCGAGGAGGGCUUUUUGAGGUCACGCCUCUUCCUGCUCCAGCAACUAUCCACGUCAGCUCGAGCUGUGCGUGACAUCGCGCCCCAAGUCGGCCGUAGCGCCAAAGCGGAAGCCGAGCGACUGGGUCAGGCAGUGCGUGAGCUGGAUCUCCUGUUACCAGGACUUGUUUCCGGCGCGCUUGGAGCUGCAUCGCGAGCUCCUGAUGCGUCCUCGCAGAUGAUCUACGUGGAACACACACGCACGGUCCUUGAAUCCGCCGAACAACUGGUUUCUGUGUCCAAGCAGGCCGGAGGGAAUGCAAAGUCGGAUUCGAUCGCCGACGCUGUGGACGACGCAGUUAAGGCCCAGGUUGACUCCUGUGAAGAACUCCUCUCCGCCAUCGACACUAUCUCCUCCCAGCAAAAUUUCAUCGUAAAACUCACCGCGGUUCUUGCUGAGUCACAAGCCCUAUGGGACAAGAACUACUACUACUUAAAUCACGACUUCUACGUGCCCUUUCGCGUCGACCAAUCCGGUCGGGUAUCUGAAGACGCGCAUUUCAGCGACUACCAAUCACGAAUGCUGCGCCUCGCGCGCCACAUGGAACAGCAGACGCAGGCGACUGUGUUGACCGCGCGGCGUCCGCAGGAGUCGACGAGCCAGGAGAUGACCAGACUGAUCCAGAAUCUAGCCCAGGACUACGCAGAACUGUGCAUGAUAACGCGCGACGCCUGUGAAACCCUGCACGAUCCGCACCAGGCCGAAAAAUUGCGCUGGGCAGUGAAAAAUCUCGGUCAGACCACACGCGGUUUGAUUCAGGCCACCGUGAACGUCGCGGCCUCGAAACCGGACACCUUGGGCCGCACCUCGACCAAUUCAAACGUGCCUGCCAGCCUGCGAAGUUUGGAUUUCUCUGCAGGAGCGAUGAACGAUCGGCUACGCGAGUUGAUUGCGCUGCUCGAGGCCCAGGGACCGGGAACACAGGCGUGUUUGCAAGGCGCCAGCACUGUGAGUGGAAUUAUCGCGGAUUUGGACACCACCAUCCUCUUUGCCAGCUCCGGCACCCUGCAUCCACCAAUCCGAGACGACUAUGACAUGCACCAAUUAGAAUCGCGCCAAAGACAUGAAAUGUACUCGUCAAUUACCUCAGGUGGUGGCAGGGUGUACGACGAUUUCGGACAUGAGGCCCAGAGCAACUUCAUCAGCAUCCGCGAGAGUAUUCAUCGUGCGGCUGACGCGCUGGUUCAGGACACGCGGUCUCUGGUCAUUGGGGCAGGUGAAGACCAAAAUCGACUAGCCGGCUCCACACAGCUGGCCGUCCGCAACAUCUCCCAAUUGGCCGACGUGGUGAAACAAGGUGCGGCUCUAAUCGGACCCGGGCAAUCUGACAGCCAAGUGCGCGUCCUUGGUGCCGCAAAAGACACUGCAGUGGCUCUCCGAAGCACCCUAUUGGCUGCCUCCCAGGUCCACAAUCGAUCGAAGGAGGAUCCAGCCAUGGAGGAGCUUCAGUCAUCUCGAAAUGCAUUUGAAUCGCGUGCAGCCGUGUUAUUGAAGUCAGUCGAUUCCAUCGACAUGGAAUCGACGCGUGGCACGAAGGCUCUCAUCGCAACUGCUCACCUCGCCCGCCAAUUAGCCAAUCGCGUGUCCGUUGCCACGACUACGGGCAGUGCAGCGCCGAGCAUGAAUGACCUGGGCAGCGCGACAACCCUCUCCACCACCUCGAGCCUCGUGUCGCGCUACCUCGCACCGGAUGAGUUAUCGCGCGCCUCCGUCGGCCCCAUCCAAGCCACUGUCGAGAAAGCCGUCACCGCCGCCUCCUCCAGACGACAAGAUGACGCACUCGUCUGCGCAACCACCGCCAGACGUGCCGUGAUCGAUCUUGUCAAUUCCUGCAAGAACCUUCAACGCCAACAAGAAAUCCGAGAAGACAUGCGGAAAGAGACUGGAGAGGUGGUGGAACAAGUGACCCUUGAAGUUGCUGAACUGAUGGAAUCCGUCAAAUGCGUCAUCGCAGAGGCCAAUGAGAAGACGCGAAAUCGGGUCUCCACAUCAGCCGCCAAACUCAGCGACAUGACGCGGCACCUGGCACACCUUAUCGACCAGAUGCGAGAUGGUCCACGACUGGUCAUGUACUUCCGUGUUAGCAGCCCUGAAUGGCGUGAUGUUGCUGAGAAGUAUUUAGGUCGUCACAUCGCCUUCCACCACCAUUACGAGCCAUGCAGUGCACGUGAUGGCUCCAGCCGGCCGGUCGGCAGUCAGGUCAGUUGUCUGCAGGCGCGGCUCGAUUCAACGGGACGCAUUUUGGUGGGCAGAGGGGCCGCAACGGAAGCUGGAAGACGCAUUGAAGGCGCUCUGCAAUUACUGGAAAGCGACCUCUAUCGGAGCAUGCGGCCUACGGCCACUCAAAGUGCUUCAAGUCACACUCGACCAAUCCUGUGCAUGGCUCGUUCCGUUGCCCUGGCAACGCGGGACUUCAUCCAAGCCGUCCAAUCAGCAUCAACCUCCAAUGCCGGCCGACCCGACAGCUCAAACCCCGAUCGCAUGCAUUUGGGUCGAUCAGAGUUGUCGGUUUCCAUGGCAACAGAACACCUCUGCGAACUGGCGCGUCUGUGCUCGGAGACGCGGCCCCAAGGUCCAACUGCAGCGCCCGUGGACGAUCCAACGCGAGUGAUGCCCACGCGAGAACGUCUCCUGAACGCGGUUCGACAGGUUGCCACAGCUAGCGGUGAACUGCUCUACGCGGUCCAAUCAAAUUCUCGCAUUGUUCCCGCCAGUCUAGCGGAUGUUCAGUCCACGGGCAGCGCUGUGAAGCAGCAGACGGACACAAUGGCAAUGAUGGUACUAAACGGCGGCCCGAUUUUCAGUCACCUCCCCUCGUCUCAAAGCGCUUUUGAGGCCGCAGCAACCUCCCAUGUGACAAACGGCUCGUCCACGGCCGAGGCCGUAGCGGCGCGCGCGCCCAUUCAAACAAACGAGGCUGCACCAGACGACCUUGAGAUGAGUGGCGGGAACCAGGACGCGAGGCCAGCGUAG